UCUUUCAUUUUCGAAAUUGUGUAGUGUGACUUCUAGUUACUAUCGUGUUUUCAUCUUUUUUCUCUCUUUUCUUUCUUUUGUUCUGUAAAUAUGGUGGUUGCUAUUGGUUUCGAAGGGUCCGCAAAUAAGCUUGGUGUAGGCAUUAUACGCCAUAAAAAUGACGAGGUGACCAUUUUAGCAAAUAAUAGAGAUACAUAUAUUACACCACCAGGCCAAGGAUUUUUGCCUCGAGACACAGCUCAACACCACCGAGACUGUAUUUUGGACGUAACAAAACAAGCGCUUAAAGAAGCCAACCUAACACCCAAUGAUAUUGAUGUGAUUUGCUACACAAAAGGUCCUGGUAUGGGAGCACCACUUGUGUCCGUUGCACUUGUUGCGCGCACCCUAUCGUUGUUAUGGAAUAAGCCCCUUGUUGGAGUAAAUCAUUGCGUUGGACAUAUUGAAAUGGGUAGAGAGGUAACAAAGGCAGAUAAUCCAGUUGUGUUAUAUGUUAGUGGAGGAAACACACAAGUGAUUGCUUAUUCCCAGCAACGCUACCGUAUUUUUGGAGAAACACUUGAUAUUGCUAUUGGCAACUGUCUUGAUCGAUUUGCACGUAUUCUCAACUUGUCCAAUGCACCAAGCCCAGGCUAUAAUAUUGAGCAGUACGCAAAAAGAGGCAAAAAAUUCAUUCAAUUGCCUUACGCUGUCAAGGGCAUGGAUGUAUCAUUUUCUGGCAUCUUGUCUCACAUUGAAAAGCUCGCCAAAGUAGAAUUGCCCAAGGGUGAAAUCACACCAGAAGAUUUAUGCUUUUCGUUGCAAGAAACACUGUUUGCUAUGUUGGUUGAAAUUACAGAGCGUGCUAUGGCACAUGUAGAAUCAAACCAAGUGUUGCUUGUUGGUGGUGUAGGCUGUAAUAUUCGCUUACAGGAAAUGAUGGGCCAAAUGGCUGCACAGAGAAAUGGCACAGUUUGUGCGACAGAUGAUCGUUUCUGUAUUGAUAAUGGUAUUAUGAUUGCUCAUGCUGGUUUACUCGCAUAUAGAACUGGUUUUACAACACCUUUCGAGGAAAGUACUAUUACUCAGCGCUUUAGAACAGACGAAGUACAUAUUGCAUGGCGUGAAUAAAUAAAAAUUUUGCCAAAAGAAAAAAAAA